GGAGCCUAAAUUUGAUGACUGCAUCAUCCGUGAGCCUGUCGACCUUCAUAAAUUCGUCAAAUCGCGGCGCAGACGACUAUCAGCACCGGAACUAGAAAAUGCGGCAUUGCUACUUGCCAAGGAACAUCUCCAGGGGAACCCACUAUGGCUCCAAUAUGUGAAGACCUCAUUGGCUGCUUUGGGUUGCGAGACGAGCUAUGAUGUGUUCAUCAAAGCUAAUGGUGGUGGAGUUUCUUUCUUUUUAUUAGCUCUCAUUAAGUAAGUUAGAAACUCAAAGCCAUGAACAGAAAAGGUCAACCACAUGCGUCAGGUGAUAUCUCUUGGUAUCGCCACAGGGGCUUGUUGAAAGUCAGUGGAAGUCAUCGAGCUCCUCUCAAACAAGGUCUUCUCACUAGGGAUGCAACGGUAGUGGAGAGGAAGAAAGUUGGUCUGAAGAAAGCUCGCAAGGCUCUUCAAUUUUCAAACAUCGAGGUAGAAUUUAUUUUUAUUUUUAUCUUGAUACACUCUUUUUCACAGGUUCUGUUAGUGUUAUGAACUACAGAACUAGGAUGAGAGACACAUCUUUCCAACCUAAAUAUGGCAGCCUUCGAGCACAGACUAAAGUCAGCAGCUUUACAGUUGGUAGAAAAAAGAAGAAGAUGAUAAUGAAAUUAAGUAGAGAAGAAGUAGAUAGGACUAGUGCUUUGCUGUAUUGGUUGAAUGUAAUGAGAACAAGUUCCACAGCAUCACAAAGUGAAAUUACUCUCAAUUUCUGAGUGCAAAAGCUUUUUGCUAUCAUUCCUUUAUUUCUUUACUACUAUUUUCUCUUUUGCUUUCAUCUGACUGCUUCUCUGAAAUUUUCUGAUAACCGAUAUUUCUUCAUGAUGUCAGAGGAUCUUUCCAUCAUUUGCAGUGGGUGUGAGUGCAUAACUUGGGUGUGAGCUGCACAAUAUCUAACAGAUGGUUGUUAUGCAGUCACACCCACUUUUAAUCCUCUGAAAAUCAUGAUAUCAGCAGAAGAAAGUCCAGACAAGGCGAAUGAAGUACGCAAGUGGUCCAAAUUUUUCUCACAGCUAAUCUCACAGGUUCUAGAAGAAUGUAAUCAUAUUUUGUCAUUAUAUAUUUGCCCUUGAUGUCAUAUGAGAGAUAUAGGGGAUCUCCAUACAUGGCUAUCUGGGGUGUAAAUUUUAUCGAACAAUGAAUGAAAUGAGAUCAUCAUUAGUUUCAACUUUUCUGUCAUUAUUAUUUGAUCAUUGUCCUUUUUCUUUUCAAGUACAAGAUCAAUUGGAAGGCAAGCCCAGUACAUCAUAUGAUUAUUCUAUCAGAAGGCAGCAGCAAUGUGUAUUGGUGGUAGCCUUAAGAAUUGAAGCUCUGUAUGUCAGAUAUCUAAGCAACCUUCCAUGAACUUGCUCAAAUGCUGCAGCACUGCAUUCACUGAAAGCGCAAUGUCAAAACACACCACCUAGCUGGAGCAAGUCUGAUGAUCCCUGUGCUGCUCCAUGGGAAGGGGUAACGUGCAAUAAAUCAAGGAUCACAGCCUUGGGUUUAUCUACAAUGGGGCUCAAAGGUAAACUUAGUGGUGACAUCGGGGGGCUAACAGAGUUGAGAUCCCUGGACCUCUCUUUCAACCGGGGCCUCACUGGUUCUUUAACUCCAAGACUAGGAGAUCUGCAGAAACUUAAUAUUUUGAUCUUGGCAGGCUGUAGUUUCAGUGGUAGCAUUCCUAUGGAGCUUGGCAACCUUGCAGAGCUAUCCUUCUUGGCACUGAACUCUAACAACUUAACUGGCGAAAUACCCCACUCUCUUGGUAAUCUCUCCAAACUGUACUGGCUAGACCUGGCAGACAACCAGCUAUCAGGAUCUAUCCCUACCUCAACACCUAACACCCCGGGCCUGGAUCUCCUGCGAAAGGCAAAGCAUUUUCAUUUCAACAAAAAUCGGCUUUCAGGAUCAAUUCCGUCUGAGCUUUUCAGUUCGGAGAUGAUAUUAAUCCAUGUACUUUUCGAUGGAAAUCAACUAACUGGGACAAUUCCAUCCACAUUGGGACUUGUUCAGACUCUUGAAGUACUACGGCUUGACAGGAAUUCCUUGACAGGGGAGGUGCCAUUCAAUCUCAAGAAUCUCACCAGUAUUGUUGAAUUGAACCUAGGGCACAACAAACUGACAGGUCCAUUGCCAAAUUUGAUGGGGAUGAAUUCUCUCAGCUACGUGGACUUGAGCAACAACUUUUUUGAGGGCUCAGAAGCACCAGAAUGGUUCUCAACUUUAUUGUCUCUCACUACAUUGAUGAUCGAGUACGGUUCACUUCAAGGACCUGUGCCUCAAAAGUUAUUCAGUGCUCCCCAAAUGCAGCUAGUAAAAUUGAGAAACAAUUCAUUCAAUGGAACAUUGGAUAUGGGUGAUGACAUUGGCCAACAGCUCCAGCUUGUAGAUUUUGAGAACAACAAGAUAUCCUCAGUGACACUUGGCUCUAGAUACACAAAUACAUUGAUAUUGAUCGGAAACCCAGUAUGCAUUACUCCACUUUCUAGUACGGAUUACUGUCAGAUUGAGCAGCAAACAAGAAAACCUUAUUCAACGAGUCUAGCUAAUUGUGGGAGUAAGCAAUGUCCAGCAGACCAGAAGCUGAGUCCUCAGAGUUGCGAGUGUGCAUACCCAUAUGAAGGGACUUUUUACUUUCGAGGACCAUCAUUCAGAGAAUUGUCUAAUGCAAACACCUUCCACGAAUUGGAAAUGAGCUUAUGGGUGAAGCUGGGCCUAACUCCUGGUUCUGUUUCUCUUCAAAAUCCUUUCUUCAACAUAGAUGACUACCUCCAAGUUCAUUUGGAAAUCUUUCCAUCUGGUACAAAAUAUUUCAACCGAUCAGAAAUUCUGAGGAUUGGCUUUGAUUUAAGUAAUCAAACUUAUAAGCCACCCCCAAAGUUUGGACCAUACUAUUUUAUUGCAUCACCUUAUCUCUUCCCAGCCACAACUGGAAGAGCUUCUAUUAGCUUAGGUUUAAUUGCAGGCAUCGCUACUAUUUGUACCUUUCUAGUAAUCAUGGUUGUGGGAGUGGGAAUUUACGCUAUGCAGCAAAAAAUACGCGCUGAGAGAGCAGUUGGUUUGAGUAGGCCAUUUGUAUCUUGGGGUUCAAGCGGCAAUUUAGAUAGUGGCAGUGCCCCACAGUUAAAGGGAGCGAGAUGGUUUUCGUAUGAUGAACUAAAGAAGUGCACCACUAGUUUUUCUGAGCGUAAUCAGAUAGGUUCUGGGGGCUAUGGCAAGGUUUAUAAAGGAGUGCUAACUGAUGGUCAACAAGUCGCAAUCAAGCGAGCUCAACAUGGAUCUAAGCAGGGUGGGGUUGAAUUCAAGACUGAAAUUGAAUUGCUUUCACGAGUUCACCACAAAAAUUUAGUUGGCCUAUUGGGUUUCUGUUUUGAACAAGGGGAACAGAUGUUGGUGUAUGAGUACAUGCCCAAUGGAUCACUCAGAGACAGUUUGUCAGGAAAAUCUGGAAUUCAUCUUGAUUGGAAGAGAAGAUUGCGUAUUGCUUUAGGGUCAGCUAGAGGAUUAGCAUAUCUUCAUGAGCUUGCAAACCCUCCCAUCAUUCAUAGGGAUGUCAAGUCUACCAAUAUAUUGUUGGAUGAAAACUUAACAGCCAAGGUUGCAGAUUUUGGUUUAUGUAAGCUGGUUUCUGACAGCACAAAGGGUCAUGUUUCUACUCAAGUCAAAGGAACACUGGGAUAUCUUGAUCCGGAAUAUUACUUGACACAACAGUUAACAGAGAAGAGUGAUGUAUAUAGCUUUGGCGUAGUAAUGCUUGAACUAGUAUCCGCAAAGCAACCAAUCACGAAAGGAAAGUACAUAGUCAGGGAGGUUAAAAUGAUAAUGAACAAGAAUGAUGAAGAGUUAUGUGGCUUGAAGGCUAUGAUUGAUCCAAUCAUUAAGAUCAUUCCUAAUUUGAUAGGAUUCAGAAAGUUUGUGGAGUUAGCCAUGCAAUGUGUAGAAGAAACUGCAUCAGACCGUCCAACAAUGAGUGAUGUUGUUAAGGAGAUAGAAAACAUUUUACAAAAUGAUGGGAUAAAUACAGGUUCAACGUCCACAUCUUCAUCAGUCACAGAUUUUGGAGCCACCAAAGGUGUUCUUGGGCAUCCUUAUGGUGCCUUGACAAAAAAAGAUGCCACUACUGGUGCCUUUGACUACAGUGGUGGAUACACACCAUCACCUAUAGUAGAACCAAAGUAGAGCUUUUCUCCUCAUAUUUUCAACUUAUAUUAUGAAAGGUUUUUUUUAAGGUAAGAUGAGAUCUAUUGUACAAGUGAAGAGGAAAUUAGGGAUCCCAUUUUGCAACGGAGCAAGAAUCAAAUAUUUGUCACAAGGGUGGAAGGAGGACAUUCAACCAACUAGGUCAACCUUGAUUUUUUAUAUUAAGAAAAAAUUAGGUGUUUAUAGAGUGUGAUAUUAGAAAUCUGGGGUAUACUAUGUGACAACUACAUAUAUAUACAUACUAUUAAAAUUUAAAAGGAAAAGUAAUUGUUAA